CGUGCGGCCGAACCGACGCGCGCGCUAGUGUUUCUUCAGGCAAGUACGUACGUACGUGCUGUGCACUGGCGUCAUGGCUCAUGACGUCUUCGGCCAGCACGCAGUCGUGUCGGCUCGUCGUCGCUGCAGAUAGAGGCCGGCCGGUACAUGCCUGCCGGUCACGCACACGCACUGUCUCGCGGUCAACUACGCGCACGCUGGUUAAUACGUAACGUACGGGCUCAUUAUUUCACAGGUAUCGUUGCACACGGCACAUGCAUGUGAGCUGCAGCACGGAGCAGCUGUCCAGGCACGCGCGCGAUGCAAGUUCUCUCGUGCUCGUGCAUGUUGCGUUUGAAUGUUUGUUAUGGCUAAUGGAAGGAAUGGGGGAGUGUAAUUUUUAUAAUCAUAUUGCCAGUAUGAUUAUUGGGAUUCUUAUCACUUAUUAGGAGCAUGCAUCCAUCCAUAAUAAGGACCAUAAGCACGAGUUCAGACUUGUACCAGCACAGCAGGCAACGUCAGAGAAUCGACGCACCCAGACGCAGUCCUGUCUGGCAAGUUGCAACGUGGGGGCCCUGUUGGGUCUCACUCUGUUGCCUGUUGGCCAUUGCCUGACGGAAUCAGCAGCGCUCGAACCACAAGUACCCUAACAAUACGUCCAUAACAAUAAGCAGCAGGAAUCUGAAUUAAGUGAAUAACACCAGAACUGUGCUCACUGAUGGUCUCAGUCCUGCGUGGGCCUCGUUCAGGCUUCAAACUAGCAGGUACUAAUACAGUACCUUGCAAAAGUGAGUGGGCCGGGGAUAUGCAUUUGGGCGAAAAGCAACUGGUCCACUUGAUAUCUCCUCAUCUCAUCUCAUCUCAGCGGCAAACUCGAUUAGCCUGUAGUGAGAGCUGAGAUGAGAAUAAGAGGGACAAACGCGCGAGGCCUCAGGUUCACGUGUCACGGGCUCACGUUUAAAAUGAAGGCUGCAGGGCUGCUGAAUAUAUCCUGACACGUUACUGACGAAAAACGCAACUACUCACGUUCUCACGGCUUCACGUUCUCACGGAGUACUCCUGUAUUUCCACUUCGGCUUUCAUUGUGGUCGCUCUCCCCUCACGGCCUCACGUACUGACCAGUGAUCAGAUUACCUUUCCGCUCAGACAUGGAAGCUUUCUCCAAUUUUCUUCUUGUUCGUCAAUGGCCUCGCAAAGCCUGGGAUGUCGCCCAUGGGCUGAUCACUGAUGGUGGGCUCCGGCCUUAAGCUUUAGCGCCCAAUCGGCCCAAGGAUUUUGUUCGAACCAACCAGCCGCUGACCAAAAGAAAAGGUUAUCGAAUAUAUUCAAUCGGUCGAUAAGCAUGAAUGAAACCAACCAAUUGUCUAAAAAUUGGCUAAUUGCAAUGCACGACCAGACCAGGCCAAACCAAACCGCCAUCGCGCAAACAACGAUAUCGACGUCGCAACUCGCAAAUGGCCCCUCGAUACGCCACCGACGAGAGAGAUAUCCGACCGUGACUCGGUGACACGAAUCCGAGCAGAGCCUCCGGCGGCAACCGGGGCGCGGGCCGGCACGUACAACGUAGGCACUGGCCAGGCGCGCGGGAAUCGGGGAUGGACGCGCUUCGCCCGCAGGUCCUGCACGUAGCCGUGGCCGGCCACGCGCUGGCCGUGGUGGAGCGCGACGGCACGAGCGACCCGGCCACCGGCCGCGUCCUCACGGGCUCCUGGCUGUGGGACUCCUCCCUGGUGCUGGCCGCCCACCUCGCCGCGGACUCCCGCGCCAGGCGCCGCCUCCUUGGCGCCACCGUCGUGGAGCUCGGCGCGGGGAGCACAGGGCUCCCGGGCGUCGCGGCCGUGGCCUGCCUCGGCGCCGCGCGCUGCGUGCUCACGGACGUGGCCGCGCUGCUCCCGGGCCUCAGGGCCAACGCGGACGCCAACGGGCUGGGCGCCGCGCGCGCCGACGUGCGCGAGCUCCGGUGGGGUGAUCGGCUCCAGCUCGAGGACGACGACGAGAGGGUGGGCGUCGUGCUCUUGUCCGACGUGUUCUAUGACCCCGACGACAUGCCGGCGAUGGCGGCCACGCUGCGCGGGAUGUGGUGGACGGACGGCGAUGAUGACGAGGACGGCGGCGGCACCGUGGGGUGGGCGGCGAGCGAGGUGCGGGACAGCGUGCUGGAAUGCAUGGACGUGCUGCGGGAGCAUGGCUUUGAGGUGGCCGAGGUCGACAGGGUCACCCGCCCGCUGCUGCGUGACCCCGGAGAGACUGCCGCCUUCGCCGUCUAUCGCGUCUUGCUCCGACAAGGCGACAAUGGGAUUGGGAGUUGACUUUGGUUGCUCGCUAAGCUACUAGCAGAAUGUACACUUGUCACCUUUGACUUUCACGUUGCCUGUGCAGUAAAUCAUUUUCACUUUUCAUUUUUCAUUGUCGCACAUAUAUGGCAACUUGUACUACUUGCCCAUUCAUUUUUCUGCAACUUGUAGUUCCUUUUC